AUGCGGCCCCUGGACAGCUCCGGGGCAGCCGAGGUGCCAGAGCCCGGGCUGUGGCUGACGGACGACGCGCCGCAGGGCGCGAUCGAGGAGCCCCCGGCGGCCGAGUCAGCGGGGACGCCCGGUACCGGGAGGUGCUGGCUGUUCGGCUCCUCGCCGUGCGGCUUGUGUGCUCCGCAGGAAGCCAAGAAGAAAGCACCCUGUCCUGGACUUGGCUUGUUUUAUACAUUAUUGUCCGCCUUCCUUUUCUCAGUGGCCUCUUUAUUUGUUAAAAAAGUGCAAGACGUCCAUGCUGUAGAAAUUAGUGCAUUCCGAUGUGUGUUCCAAAUGCUAGUCAUUAUCCCUUGCUUAAUAUACAGAAAAACUGGGUUUAUAGGCCCCAAAGGUCAACGAAUUUUCCUCUUGCUCAGAGGAGUCCUGGGUUCUACGGCCAUGAUCCUACUGUACUACGCUUUCCAGGCCACAUCUCUCGCCGACGCCACUGUCAUCACGUUUAGCUCACCCGUGUUCACGUCUAUCUUUGCUUGCAUAUUUCUCAAGGAGAAAUACAGCCCUUGGGAUGCCCUCUUCACCGUCUUCACCAUCACCGGCGUGAUCCUUAUCGUGAGGCCCCCGUUUCUGUUUGGCGCCAGCGCCGCGGGCGUGGGCGAGAGCUACUCCCUUCACCUCAAGGGCACGAUUGCAGCGGUUGCGCACGCUGUGUUCGGCGCCCUGACCCUGGUCAUCCUCAGAAAGAUGGGGAAGUCCGUGGACUACUUCCUGAGCAUCUGGUAUUACGUCAUCCUCGGGCUCCUGGAGAGCAUCAUCAUCCUCUUCAUCAUCGGGGAAUGGAGUCUGCCGUACUGCGGCUUGGACAGGCUGUUUCUCAUCCUCAUCGGCCUGUUUGGUUUGGGGGGUCAGGUGUUUCUCACAAAAGCCAUCCAAAUAGAAAAAGCAGGGCCAGUGGCAAUAAUGAAGACUAUGGACGUGGUCUUCGCUUUCAUCUUCCAGAUUAUUUUCUUUAAUGAUGUGCCUACGUGGUGGACGGUGGGCGGGGCCCUGUGCGUCAUAGCCAGCAGCACCGGCGCGGCGGUACGGAAGUGGUGCCAGGGUUCCAAAUGAGGCUUUGCUGCCACGUGCACGGUCCCCGGGCAGACACGCCACGCGUGCACACAGCUGGAAAGUCCGCAUUUCCUUCACUGGUCAUACUUAAUAAAUAUCGUAAUUAAAGUACUAUUUUUGAAUAUGGUAUGUCUUUAAUUAGCUAAGAAUUUAGCUAGUCAGUGUGGUAGCAAUUUUUUUUCUUAAUUGUUUUGGUUU